UGGCCACCGUGGCUCCCAGGCUUAUGAUCAAUUUGCCCCCGAGUUUAAUUGGAAUUGGAAGAGUGCUUCCUGUUCUUAGAAAUGGAAGCUUGUCAUUGUACUCAUAAGCAAAGCAGUAGUUAUCAAAGUUGUCCCUAAGGGUCAACUUAUAGACACUCAGAUCGAAUAACAGCGUUGUUUCCAUUAACCGGGCGUUAUCAUUGUCGGAAACAUCGAUUUCCCGAAUAAUGUGUUGGUUGGUGCCAGCACCUGAUCUAUUUAGCCUGUCGACACCCACCUCGUUAGGAUCUUUAUAUUUCAUCCAUUCCUCCAAUUUGGCUAUUUUCAGCUUUGAAAUAUCAUCAACAUGGAUCACGUUAAAUGCCACCGGUAAGCGGGUUUGAUCUGACGGCUUAUUAGCAAACUCCUGUGGAUUGAAUGCGUUCCUUUCUGGAUUGCUCAUGGAUGCGUUAGGGUUUUGUGGGAUGCGAUUGCAACUUGUGCGACUGCAUCUUCAAUCGCAUCUUGUGCUAUGUCGUUGUUUGUAGGAGAAGAUGAUGAUACUGAAACCGAGCUCCUCGCCCAAACAGAAGCUCAUGUGGAAGUGCCGGUUCAGGAGCUCGAAAGGCUGCUACCGACCACGGCCUUAGAGCCAGAUGUUUCAGAACUUCCUGAACCUAUUAAGUUGAGCCUACCGCUCAAAUAUCAGCGAGAAAUAGUCAGUGAUUUGCUCGCCAAAGACGCGUUGCUUAUUCUUGGGAAAGGCUUGGGGUGGGAGAUUAUAGUUGCCAAUAUCCUUUAUAUCUUAAACUUGUCGAAUUUAAAGGACAAGCUUCCCAAUCCACCUGCAAACCGCAAGAGCUUACUUAUCUUGCUCAACGCUAAUGAGGUUGAAAACCACAAAAUUGCUGCUGAUUUGCUUGAAUUGCAAGCUUCUAUGACUGUGGUAGGAGGAGAGUCCACGGUGGUAGACAAGAGACGACAAAUCUACCAGAAGGGUGGAGUUGUGUCAAUAACACUGAGAAUCUUGGUAGUAGACUUGCUUUCAGAGGUCUUGAAGCCGGAGGAAAUCAACGGGUUGUUUGUCCUCCAUGCCGAGCGAAUCAAGGAGACGUCGAAUGAGUCGUUCAUUGUGAACUUGUAUCGUGACCAAAAUGAGUGGGGGUUUAUCAAAGCAUUUUCUGAUGAUCCUGAGCUGUUCACUGGAUUCACGCCAUUAGCAAGUCGAUUGCGGCACCUCAAGCUAUCCAAUACUCUUCUUUGGCCCCGAUUUCAUGUGGACGUCAUUGAGUCCUUGAGCUUUAGACAUAAAAAGUUUCACAGAGACUUGAAGACGGUGAAUGAGAUUAACAUCAAGCUUUCGUAUAAGAUGACCAGAAUCCAGUCGGCACUUUUAACUUGUAUCGAGCAGUGUUUGAAGGAGUUGAUACGACACUGCCAGCUGCUAUCCACCGACUACUGGGAUAUAGAAAAUCUAUAUGAUCCAGACUUUGUACAUCGGAUUCGGAACCUGCUUGAAUCUCAUUGGCACCGAUUGACCCAAACUCCCAAACUGUUGGUCUAUGACCUUGGGUUCUUGAAGGGAUUACUUCUGUCAUUAUUGACGAGGGACUCGUUGACGUUCUACCAGAUUGUCCAGAGUGCGGUAGAUGGUAACUUGAGGCGGUCAGUAAACACUUCAGGAACCAUGAACCUAACAUCGAUGAGUCCGUGGUUGAACUCGGAUGUGGCACCGACCAUCACGUCAUAUGCCAAAGAAAGGGCUCUCGGAAUGUCCAAAUACGUAGGUAGUGAUGGAGUUGAAUCCGUGGAGUAUAACCUUGAACCUCUCCCCAAAUGGAUCGAGUUAAACAAACUUCUCAAAGAAAUUGGUCCAAACUCCCGGAUUUUGGUCAUGGCAUCAGACAGAAUGGUUGUUGAAGAGCUUCAAUGUCUUAUUCAGAAAUUUAUAAUGACAGGUGAGAUAAAUUCCAGAAGCUACAUGGUUUCUAAGCUUAGAGGGUAUUUGAUGUGGAAAGAAUUGAGUAAACUUCGAAGACAACUUAGUAACGAUGUGAAUGAUGAUGAGCAAGACGAUAUAGUUGUAUCGAAGACAUUCAAAAGAAGCAGAGAAAAUGCCAGCAUCCGAAGAAGAACGAGAGGUGCCUCAUCAGUUGCGAAUGUUAAUAGGCUCUAUUCGGUCGACGAUAGCGACCGUAACCCUGAAUCAGCUGAUAUAGAUACCGCUGUUCUUGAGAAACUUGAGCUCGAAAAUCAGGAGAAUGAGCCAAAGGAAUUUCUGAAAGCUCACGUCAAGCAGGAGCCUAAUGAAAACGAGUUAGAAGAUGAUGAUUUAAUAAUCAUUGAUGAACAAAGGUACACUAUAGAGGUUCAGUCGUUCAACUCAAAGACCGAUGAUACACUUCUUAACGAAUUCAAACCCACGCAUAUCAUCUUUUAUGAGCCCAACCUUUCAUUUAUUCGAAGAGUUGAAAAUUACCAAGGAGUGCAUUUCAAUGAACCUGCAAAGGUGUACAUGAUGUUCUAUGGAACGUCAGCAGAGGAGCAACUGUCGUUGGUGCAAAUGAAAAAGGAGAAGGAGGCGUUUACACGGUUAAUUCGAGAAAAAGCCAACUUGAGCAAGCAUUUCGAAACUAAGGAAGAUACCAAGUUCACCAUUACCAAAAAGCACGUUGUAAACACCAGGAUUGCAGGAGGACAGAGAUUCCAAACUGAGGAUGACGAGUUCAGAGUCAUAGUGGAUGUUCGAGAAUUCAAUUCAUCACUUCCAAACCUACUCUAUCGUGUUGGUAGUAAAGUCAUCCCGUGUAUGUUGACCAUUGGAGAUUACAUUUUAACUCCCAAGAUCUGUGUUGAAAGAAAAGCUAUCCCUGAUUUGAUUGCGAGUUUUCAAAGUGGACGUCUAUAUAACCAGUGUGAACAGAUGUCUAGAUACUACGAACUUCCCGUCCUAUUGAUUGAAUUCGAUGAGGAAAAGUCGUUUUCUUUUGAACCUUUCAGCGAAUCCCGUACAAGGCCAGGAGCUCCCGUCAGUAACAACACAAACCGGUUCCUCCAGGACCAUAUUCAGAACAAGAUUACCAUGUUACUCAUCUCAUUCCCCAAGCUCAAGAUCAUCUGGUCGUCUUCCCCAUACCAAACUGCACAAAUAUUCAUCGAAUUGAAAGCAGGUGAAGAGGCUCCUGACAUCACGCUGGCCAUAAACAAAGGAUUGAACUCGGAUGAGCUGCCUGCCUUAUACAACGAAGGAGCUAUUGACUUGCUCCAAAGUAUUCCUGGAAUCAAUGCUUCAAACUUCCACUUGAUAAUGAACCGAGUACGCAAUAUCGAGGAAAUGGUCAAACUCACAAAACAAGAUUUUUGCGAUAUCUUGGGAGAAGAAAACGGAGCUAAAGCCUAUAACUUCAUCAACAGACUGGUUCGUCCGUAAAUGUUGUACGUACGAAAUAUAAAUUAUAGCUUA